AUGGUAGACCAGGCUGUGGGUAGGCGAGCUCCUCAGGAGAACAACCGCCCCCCCGAUCGAACUGCAACUUCUGCAAGCGCGACGGAACUGACGGAAUGCCUUAAUUAUCUAGCAGCACGUCAUCCCAAUCUCAAUUUGACACCUGAGGAGAAACGGGUGUUUUACCAGCUCUUUCAGGCCGCUGAUACCACCAACCUCGGCGUCAUCACCGGCGAGGUUGCCGUUCCUUUCUUCGAGAAGACCAAGCUUGCGCCGGAGACACUCGGAUUGAUAUGGCAGAUCGCGGAUAAGGAGAACAGGGGGCUCUUGACUCCAUCUGGCUUCGGCGUCGUUUUGCGGCUUAUCGGACACGCCCAGGCUGGUCGCGCACCUACAGAGGAGCUGGCCCUGCAACCCGGACCGCUACCUAGGUUUGACGGCGUCGUUGUUGAGCCUACAUCUCCUACCGCUCGCGAAGCUGGUGCGACCAGUCCACCGCCGGCUGGUGGGCCAAUUCGAGUCCCUCCGCUCAAUCCAGAAGAUGUCAAUAAAUUCACAGCGCUGUUUGAGAAGUCUGAUGUGUCGAGGAGCGGGGUUAUUUCAGGCAUGCAUCCUGCUUCUCAAAAUGGAAAGAGAUAUAGCUCUGAGGCUAAUCUUGCUUGCAUUACAGGCGACAUCGCCAAGCAGAUCUUUGAACGCGCACGGUUACCGAACGAGAUCCUUGGCCGCAUUUGGAACCUAGCGGACACGAAGCAACGAGGCGCCCUCGAUGCCACAGAAUUCAUCAUCGCUAUGCACCUCUUGACCUCAUACAAGUCGGGCGCCAUGAGGGGCAUCCCUCAGACUUUGCCUCCUGGCUUGUAUGAGGCGGCAGCGCGAAGGGGCCCGGUGCGAACCUCGGUGGGGUCCCGGCCUGGCCUCGACGUUCCUCCAGUGCCUGCCAUUCCGCGACAAUUCACCGGACCCCAGCGGACUCAAAGCCCUUUGAAUAGGUCCCAGUUCGGAACACCGCUUACUGCCCAGUCAACGGGCGGAGAUUGGCUCGUCACGCCACCAGAGAAGGCGCAGUUCGAUAGCAUCUUUGGGUCGCUUGAUACUGCGAAGGCGGGCGUCAUCACUGGUGACCAGGCCGUGGGAUUCUUCAUGAAAGCUCAACUGCCCGAAGAAGUCCUAGCUCAGAUUUGGGAUCUCGCGGAUAUUGACGCUGACGGACAAUUGACAAAGGACGAGUUUGCGGUAGCGAUGUAUCUAGUUCGUUCACAGCGCACAGGAAAGGAGCCCUUGCCGCAGACGCUCCCUCCCGCUUUGAUUCCUCCUAGUAUGCGGCGUCCUACCACUGCGCAGGCGGUGCCGGCUCCAGUCGCAGCCCCCGCCGCGCCACCACCCCCAACUGUCCGGUCUGCUGCGGAUGACCUCUUCGGUCUUGAUGCAUUUUCUGCGCCGCCUGCACCCGCAGCCCCUUCACAAGUACCCCAGUCUACAGGAGGCUCCAACGCGCCGUUCCAGACACCGGGUUCACCCACCUCCAGAGCAUCGCCUCCAGUCAAUUCGACGACUUUUAAGCCUUUCAUUCCGACUUCCUCAUUUGGCCAGAGUCUCCAGCCUCAGAUGACUGGCGCUUCAGCCGGUGCCCCGCCAACAGUCCGCUCACCACCGCCUCCAUCGGAUGACCUUCUAGGUGAUAACGACCCUGAAGAGUCCAAGAAACUCACACAAGAAACGGCCGAGCUGGCGAAUUUGUCCAAUCAGAUUGGCUCGCUGGCAAACGAGAUGCAAAACGUUCAGUCGAAGCGCACUUCAGCGGAGCACGAGCUGUCUCAAACAUCGCAGCAGAAGCGUGACUUUGAGACUCGGUUAGCGCAAGCUAGAGCGAUGUAUGAACAAGAGGUCAAGAACUUCAAAGCUCUCGAGGAGCGACUAAAUGCCUCCAAGGCGGAGACCAAGAGGCUGCAACAAGAAUAUGCGUUGAUCGAGGGCAGCAGGCAAGAUUUGCAGACUCAGUAUGACCAAGUCUCCGCUGCUUUGACCGCAGACCAGCAGGAGAAUGCGAGCUUGAAAGAGAAAAUCCGCCAAGCUAAUGCUGCUGUCGCCCAGCUUAAGCCUGCUCUCGAAAAAGCACGCUCUGACGCUCGGCAGCAAAAAGGUCUUGUCGCGAUCAACAAGAAGCAAUUAGCUACAGUGGAAGGUGAACGUGACAAGAUUCAGGACGAGAUAGACACACUCUCGAAGGAACAACCUCAAGGAUCCGACGAGAGCGCAGCAUCUGUAAGCGCUGGCCCCGCACUCGCCAGCCCUGCUCUGUCCACGGCCAGUCAAAACAACAAUCCGUUCUUCAGACGGACGACUACGGGAUCCAGCGACGGUCAUGCAUUGUCCCCCCAGGUUUCGAGCGAACAGCAGCGUGCUUUUGACAGCCUCUUUGGCACUGCCUUUGCUCCUCCGACCACCGCUACACCUCCCCCUCCCACUUCAUUCCGCGCCGACUCUCAGCAGGCUUCGCUCCACUCUCCUGUAACAUCCGGGGUACCGACCCCCUCCGUAUCACCGCCACCUUCCUCGGUUGGACCCGUGCCUGAACCCCCGCAGUCUCGGCAAUUCACCCCUAACGCAGCAGAUUUGGUGGCCCUGAGUCAUCAACUGUAG